AGAGAUCCCAGGACAAAUGUGCAAAAGGCCCCUGAGCAUGUGCAGAAAUGUUGACAUCAGUUCCACAUAGAAAGACUUGUAAAUUGAAGAAGACAGUAAAAGUCACGAAGUCUUAUCCAACCUUCCCUUCCCUGAAUGCCUGGGAAGAAUUCAGGGGCCUGCUGCCUGCGGAUACAGAACUGAACUCUGGGGUGGGUCUAGGUGUGGAGGAGGGACUGCUCUGCCAGAUGGUUCAUUCUCCAGAAUUCAACCUAUUUCCUGACUCCAUGGUGUUUGAAAGCAACUUUGUCCAGGUCAAAAGGGGCAGAAACUGGAUGAAUAUCUGCAAAACCUCCAACACCAUGGCCCUUGGGGUGACCUCCUCUGUGCCCUGCCUGCCCCUUCCCAACAUCCUCCUCAUGGCUAGUGUCAGAUGGCAUCAGGGGCAGAGCCAGACAUGGAACAGACCAGCUACAGCCCCAAACAUCAUCCUGAAGAGGAUUCUCCCAUUGAAAUUUGUGGAGCUCCAGGUCUGUGACCACCUCCAGCGCAUCCUGCGGUUGAGGACAGUCACUGAGAAGAUCUACUACCUAAAGCUCCACCCGGACCACCCUCAGACUGUCUUCCACUUCUGGGUCCGACUGGUACAGAUUCUGAAGGAGGGCCUAUCCAUCACCACCAAGGACCCUAGGAUUCUUGUCACUCACUGCCUGGUACCCAAAAACAACUGCAGCCCAUCUGAAGACACAAAGUUAAUACAGAAGAAACUUCAAGCCCCCAAGCCCAGUGAAAGCCUCAUGCAGCUGAUGGCCAAAGGCGAGAGCGAGGCCCUCUCUCAGAUCUUUGAUGACCUGCACCAGCAGAAACGCUUCAGAAACAACAAAAAGGUGAAGAUGAACAAGGGCUGCUCAGAGAAAGAUCCUCCCCAGAAAGAUGACAUCCCUUGUACCCAUGACUUCAGCUGGAGGGACUCACUCACUCACGGAGAGUGGGAAAGAGAGAACCCCUCCGGGCCGCAGCCUCUAUCACUGCUGAGCACUCUGGCGGCCUCCACCAGGCCACAGCUGGCACCACCCAUAGGAAAUUCUAUCUGAGCUGCCGUUUUCCAAAGUCUCCGCAGCCCUCACCCGCGAGGCUCUGCAGCUUUCAGCUUCGGGGCCUCGGAGAAGACGGGGGACAGCGUCAUCGUCACCCGCGGGGGCAGCGCAGCCUUCCCUUCCUCCAGCCUCCGCGUCCUCACCUCCGCACACACGCACGGCCCACCUCCCUCUCACCGCCCAACUACACCAACGUCGCAGGAAGACCAGAGCUCUGGACAGCCUGAGCCUUGAGCUGGGGAAAAGA